AGUACCUGACUAUUGCUGAAAGACUUAAAAAGUUGUCGGUAUCCCUCAGUGGUACUACAGUCCCUUUGCAAUGCUUACCCUCUGAGACCAUCUGAGUCAUAUUUAGUUUGUUGCUUUAAUUCGCUAAGCUGUAAUGUUGGCCAGUGAUCCCAAGGGGUACAAUGACUAUAAAUUGUAAUUACACAGGCUACUAAACAGAUAAUGCAUAUCAGCUUCUACUUUUAAUCUGCAACUUCAGGUGAGCACCAUUUUCACUGAAAGACUUUCAAAAUAUUGCAUGAUUAGACGCAGGCUAUAUGGUUAUACUGGGUUUCUAUCAAACUUUAUGCAACCAAACUUGGAAAAUGUUUCUUGUGUGCAGUGUGUUUUCAUAACAGAUUUGAUUUUCUGUCUUGUUUGCAAAUCAUGAAGGGUGCAGGUCUUGGUGUCAUGGAUCUGUGUGUGACCAUAAAGGGGGUCUCCUUCCUCUUGCAAACAGGUAUGGGCAUCUUGGGGAACACAGUGGUGCUGCUGGCAUAUGGCCACAUUAUUUAUAAUGAGCCCAAGAUCCUUCCUGUGGACAUGAUCCUAUGCCACCUGGCCUUCGCUAACCUGAUGCUGCUACUGACACGCUGCGUCCCCCAGACUAUGACUGUAUUUGGGCUGAGGGACCUGCUGAAUGAUCCUGGCUGUAAGGUGGUGAUCUAUGCCUACCGCAUUGGCCGGGCUUUGUCAGUCUGCAUCACCUGCAUGCUCAGUGUGUUUCAGGCUGUGACCAUUGCCCCAGCUGGGCCCCAUUUGACCAAGUUGAAGUCUGCACUUCCCUCCCUUGUCCUCCCCACCUUUGCAGGACUGUGGCUCCUUAAUAUGGCCAUAUGCAUUGCAGCCCCUUUCUUCUCUAUGGCUCCACGAAAUGGCACUGUCCCUGCCUUCACCCUCAACCUGGGCUUCUGUCAUGUGGACUUCAGAGACAAUUUGUCUUAUGUGAUCAAUGGAGUGGCUGUCUCUGGGAGGGAUUUUGCCUUUGUUGCUCUGAUGGUGGGCUCAAGUGGUUACAUUCUGCUGCUUCUCCACCGCCACAGCCACCAGGUGAGAGGGAUCCGUCGCUCACAAGGUGGUGGGGCAGAGACCAGGGCGGCCAAAACAGUUGUCACUUUGGUGGUUCUGUACGUGGUCUUCUUCGGGAUUGAUAACGUGAUCUGGAUUUACAUGCUGACGGUGGCAAAGGUGUCACCAGUGGUGGCUGACAUGAGGGUGUUCUUCUCCUCCUGCUAUGCUUCUCUCAGCCCAUAUUUCAUCAUUUCCUCCAACAAGAAGGUCAAAGCGAAGAUCGUGUGUGCAGCUGAGCAAGACCAACCGUCAGCAGACAAACAGGAGUCGAGUGACAAAUGACUCCUUCUCUGUCUUCACAGGCAGUCGACUGACAGCUGAGUUAUUAUUUGAAACACUGGAGCACACAUAAUGGUCAUUUCACUAAACAGCGGAC